ACGAUUCUUAUAAAGAGCCAAGAUUCGAUUGUCAAAUGAACCAUCGCAGGCGAGGUUUCAUGAAUACUGCUUAGGUAGAGUAAACAAAAUUCGAUUCUAAAUUGUACCGAGGUCAAAGGGUGUUGUGAUGGCUACUGAGCAAAAUCUGACCAAAUAGCAAUGAGCAGGUAAGAGAAUAGUAAGACAGGUGGAGGACAAGGUGGCAGCAAAUGGCCAAUUUUGGUAGUUAGGUCAAGACGUCCAGCUUGCCAUUGGCGGAAGCGAUGAAAAGCCGAGUAAAAAUGGCAUUCAGCGGCUGCUAAGCGAAACUUAAGCGGUAAAACAGCCUCAAGAGCCUUCCAACUUUGGGUCAUUCUACAACAGACGCUGAUGAGGUCUAGCGCUAUCUCAAUUACGCAUACUAUGGUCGGAAAACCCCAACAACUGCCCAGACCAAGAGCAAUGUCAGCUUGCCACCUCUCCUCUGAAGACCUUCCAAAGUCAAGCAAAGAACGAUACACGAACUGGUUCCGUACUAAACCGCUAAGCCUUACGCACGAACAAGCUAUCGAGCUAAUCAACGACGCCAACCUUGCGCCAGAGAAACUCCGAAUCUUGACGUAUCGCUUUACCUGGCGCCUUCAAGCGCUCGAGUGCGGGACGAUGUCCAAUCAGGUCUUGCUUGAGCAGUUCCUUCCCAUCUUCGAUAUGAUCUUCUUCUUCGACCUCCUCCAGCCAGAACUCUGUCAACUUCGCUUCAUCGCCAAAGGCGCCCCAAAAUGGAUCGCAAAUUUCGAAAAGAAGUCAGGCCGGAUGAAUGCCUACACGAACCGCUGCGAGCGCAAAGAAAGUAGCAUCAUAUCAAGAAUCACGUUUUUCGAAAAAGACCUGGCAGAUGACAAAACACAAACUCUGGCGCAUCUGGGAACACUUGCCCAUGAGAUGUUGCAUUCGUUCUUCCACAUUUACGUUUGCCGUUGCGAGGAGAAAUGCAAGGCUCAUUUGAAGGAGAAGAAUGGUCUGACGGGACAUGGGCUUCCAUGGCAUAGGUGCGCCUUGACGAUUGAGACUGCGUUGCAGAAAGCUUUGGAUCCAAGCAUACACCUGAGUAGGACUCUAGUAAUGGCAAAAGAACUGAAUCAGAGGAACGAAUCAACAAGUACCAUGCCGUUAGGUGAACUAGGCUUGGUAGUAUCAGAGGUUGAGCACAGAAUCGCCCAGUAUAAAUCUAUGGUUAAGACAAAAGUCAAGGAAGUCAAGGGCGACGGUCCAGAAAGCGAUGACAGUGAGGGCACUGCAUCUGACGGUACUGUAUGUUAGGUCUGUGAGUUUGGAUCCCUUUCAGGAUUAAUUGAAAUUAGUAGACUUGCCAGGAUAGAUCUCCCUAAGGCGUUUACUGUAGAGAGUCAAUAACUUGCAAAGCCUCUCGAGUUGUAUAUGAAAGGAUUGAGUUCGUGCUCAAAUCACUGACCAGGUAACUAUCCCCAACACAGAAUCUCUAAUACUGAUUUGAUACUUGUCACUUUCUUUGACCCAGUGACUCGGUUCGAAGCUAACGCUUG